UAACUGGUCGGACUGCUUAAGCUCCACUUGUUACAGCUCAGGGAAGGCCUAUCCCACAUGAUCUGACUCACAGAUCCUCUUUCGUUCACUGGGAGCUGUCUUAGAAGAGAGGAAAGAGCUCUCAAAUGCUCUGUCAACUCGGGAACUCAAUAGAACAAUGGAAUAUCAUCCUGACUUAGAAAAUUUGGAUGAAGAUGGAUAUACUCAAUUAGACUUCAGCUCCCGAAGUGUCCCCAGGAGACCUGUGAUCUCAAAGAAAGGAACUUUUGGGGUAUCUCAUUGGCGUUGCAUUGCUGUGACUUUGGGAAUCCUGUGCUUAGUACUACUGGUGAUAGCUGUGGUACUGGGUAUCACAGGUCUGUGGAGAUCUAAUUCGGGAAGCAACCCAUUGAAGAAUGACAAUUUUCCACCAAGAAAUAAAGGGAACCACAGUCAACCCACACAGUCAUCUUUAGAACACAGUGUGGCU